AUUGGCCACCACCUCCUCCGUUGUCUUCUGUCCGGGCUGCACGGGUGCGCACCUUCCAUCCCCUGCCCCUGCUGAACUUCCAGAGAAGGAAACUGAGGCUCCCAUCAGCCGAGUGACUCCACAGCAGAGCUCCUACUAGACAUGGCACCCCCGUGGGUCCCUGCAGUUGGUUUCACGCUGUUCCCGAGCAUCGGUGGCGUGCUGGGAUCCCAGAUCACAAGCCGUGAGGUUCCGAUGUGGUAUGCAACUCUAAAGAAGCCAUCAUGGCAUCCACCCUACUGGACGCUGGGCCCUGUCUGGGGGACGUUGUACACAGCCAUGGGGUAUGGCUCGUACCUGGUUUGGAAGGAGCUGGGGGGCUUCACAGAGAAGGCCGUGGUGCCCCUGGGACUCUAUGCAGGCCAGCUGGCUCUCAACUGGGCCUGGCCACCCUUAUUCUUCGGUGCUCACCAGAUGGGCUGGGGCCUGGUGGAGAUCAUCCUGACCAGCGGGGCUGCCGUGGCCACCACCGUGUCCUGGUAUUCAGUGAGCCCGACAGCUGCCCGACUCAUGUACCCUUACCUGGCCUGGAUGGUGAUGGCCACAACCCUGAAUUACUGCGUCUGGCGGGAUAACAAAGACAAGAAGCGUCGCCCUGAUACCGAAUAAAGCAGCUCUGGGGUUUCUGUUUGAGAUGAGUCUCAGAACCGAGAUGAGGAUGUGGCUAAAGCCAACUUGAGGUUCUCAGUCGGAAGCCUUCUCCUUAAGUGAGUCAGCUUGGCAAGGAAACAAAACACAUUCCCUCUGUAGGUGGGGGCCACCCAAAGGGUGGCAUCUCAUUUGAAAAUUCCCUCCUGGUGUCUCAAGAUAUAUGAGAACUGGGCUGUGACUAGUUCUAGCGUUUUCAACCGGGCUCCAGCACGAAACAGCCCUUGUGCCUGUGGGCAGUGGAGUGAGCCAAGCUUGGUGCCACCAUUUUGGUCACGCUCUAGUAUGGUCCCGACUUUGAGAUGCAAAUAAAUUUCUCAACAACCAUA